AGGCUCCAAAGUUUGAAGACAGGUGUGUACAAAGAGAGGCUACAUGUCAGGAAUUAGGGGCUGCAUCUCAGGCAAUUGUGAAUCGAACAUUUGAAGUCAAGGAAACACAGACAUUGGCUGAACCUGUAGUGAAUCGAACAUUUGAAGUCAAGGAAACACAGACAUUGGCUGAACCUGUUGUGAAUCGAACAUUUGAAGUCAAGGAAACACAGACAUUGGCUGAACCUGUUGUGCGUCCAAAGUUUAAAGAGAAAGCAUCCCAAAGAGUGGCAGAGCCAGUUGUGCGUCCAAAGUUUAAAAGGAAAGCAUCCCAAAGAGUGGCAGAGCCAGUUGGGAUUCAGCUGCCACGAAAGCAACACCUUAUGAAUGUAGCAGAGGAAUUAGUUGAUGACUGGUUUCUAGCUGGUAUUUUGUUAGAAAUAAAAUCUACCAAGCUGUAUAUUCUCAACCGUAACAUUCGUAAUGACGUUGUAAAACGGAACUAUGAGAUGUUGUGUGAAUGGUUUAUGACUUGUGAUCCAAAGAGAUGUACAUUCGAUACAUUGAAAGACGUCCUUAAAGAGAUAGACUGUUAUGGUGCGCUUGAAUGUCUACCACGAGGCGUAAUAAAGUGAAUUUUUGUGUAAAUCUUGCUGCUUGACCACACAAAGACUUAUGAUGAAAUGCAUUCCAGUCAGGACCCUCUUCUCUUUAUUCUACAUAUAGAAAAACCAAGUACAACAUUGUCCAACAUGUCCUACUUUAAGGUGACGAUGUAUGAAUUAAGGAUUUGGCUGCUAAUUUUAGUAAAUCCACUUUACCACAUACAAUAUCCCUUGCUGGUUUGGCUCCACUGUUGUUAGAGAUUAGCAUUUGAAAUAAAGAUAAACCUUCAAAUUUU